AUGGUUCAAUCUCUAUCGCUGGCGCUCUUGGCCAGCUUGAGCACUGUCGCUUCAGCUAUCCCGACAAUCGAAGUAAAGGGCUCCAAGCUCUUCACUAGCGAAGGCAAUCAAUUCUACGUCAAGGGUAUCGCAUACCAGCUUGUCCCAGACGAUCCGCUCAUCGACGCGACGCAAUGUGGUCUCGACUCUGCCCUCAUGAAGACCAUUGGCGCAAACUCAAUCCGUGUUUACCACGUUGACCCUGAUGCUGACCAUACCGAUUGCAUGAAGGCCUUUGCAGAUGCUGGAAUUUACAUCUGGGUAGAUCUCGACACCUUCGACACAUAUGUCGAGCAAAACACACCUCGAUGGGAGUCAGACCAACACGACGCCUACGCCAAAGUAAUGGACGAAUUCCAUCAAUACGACAACGUUGCCGGUUUCUUCGUCGGCAACGAAGCCAUCACCACCUCAAACGGCUCCGUCACAUCCCCCUACAUCAAAGCCGCCGCACGUGACAUGAAAGCCUAUCGCGACAAAAAAGGAUACCGCAACAUCCCUAUCGGCUACUCCGCCGCUGACAUCGCUUCUCUACGGCCCAUGCUACAAGACUACCUCUCCUGCGGCAACAACGCCUCAGAGCGUGUCGAUUUCUUUGCCCUCAACGCUUACUCCUGGUGCGGUGACAGCUCCUACCAGCAAUCUGGAUACGACAACCUCGAAAAGAACGCAAAGGACCUCCCCGUCCCCAUCUUCAUGUCCGAAACAGGCUGCAACACUGUGCGCCCGCGCGACUUCAAAGACCAGGAGGCGCUAUUUGGUGAGAUGGCGGAUGUAUGGUCCGGCAGUAUCAUAUACGAGUGGAUCGAGGAACAGAAUAACUACGGACUGAUUAGUUACGGACCCAAGGUUGAUCCGGCGAGUCCGAAUGCGCCGCCAGAUGGAUUUCCUCGCUCUGGCAAACCCACACCCGUCCAACCAGACUUCCCCAACCUCUCAGCAGUCUGGAAAACCCUGAAUCCCACGGGAAUCAAGGCUUCGGACUACAAGCCAACUCACACUUCUAUUGCCUGCCCAGCUUUCACUGAAGGAGCAUGGGAAGUGGUCCCUACAUCCGCUCUCCCUACCAUAGGUCAGAAACACAACUACGACAGCUCUCCUACAUCCGAUGGUUCCAGCGCCACGCAGACUUCUGGUUCUGGAGCAAAGCAAUCGGGUUCUGGAUCUGGUACUGCGGAUACGUCUGCACCACAGCCUACUGCUGCCGCGGCAGAUGGAUUGAGCAAGGAACUCAAGAGCACAGGUGCUAUGCUGCUCGGUGUUCUGAUCGUAUUUGCUUGGUUGUAA